CCAAAGCGAAUGUACAUAUUUCACGGGAGUAGUUGUAUUCAAAAUGGAAGUAGGGUUAAUAAUAAAAACGAUUCUACUGUCAGUUGGAAUAUUAAUUCUAUAUUAUAUCGUGUCAUUCUUUAUAUAUUCACGGAGAGUUCAAUCAUUAUUCAAAGGAGUUAAAGGACCACCAAAAUGUCACUGGCUGCUUGGCAGCUUUAUCAAUUUUCCAGCAGAAGGUCAUGAGCGGGUACAGUUUUUCAUUGAUAUGUGUAACAAUUAUGGCCGGGACCAGGGAUAUGUUUUACUAUGGGGAAUGUUUCGGAAGCCAACAAUAGUGGCCUGUAGUCCGAGGGUGAUGGGAACGAUAUGUAAAAGUAAUGUUCCAAAAGCAAAAGGUUUGGUUGGUGUUUACCGUUUCAUGCAGCCAUGGCUUGGUGAUGGUUUGCUGGUAGCCAAUGGUGAAAAAUGGGCGAGAAAUAGACGUUUGCUUACACCCGCCUUUCAUUUUGAGAUACUGAGACCUUACACCAACGUGUACAACCAAUCAGCAGAUAUAUUGGUGAAAAAGAUAAUGUCAAAAGCGGAAGCUGGAGAAAGGUUUGAAGUUUUCCAGCACGUGUGUUUAUGUACAUUAGAGAUAAUACUGAAGUGUGCAUUUUCAUACAGUAAAGAUGUACAGCAUGAUGGGGACACUAAUCCGUAUGUAAAAGCGGUAAACAGAAUUACAGAUUCCCUAACAUACAGAUUAUUGCAUCCUCUUUGUUACUUUGACAUCAUUUGGAGAAUAUGCAAAGUUGGACGCCAGUUUUACACCGACUGUGACUUUGUACACGCAGUUGCUGAAGAAAUAAUCGACAAACGAAAAGAAUCUUUGCUGUUGGAAAAGUCGGGUAACCAUGAUGAACGCCGAUAUAUUGAUUUCCUUGAUAUAUUAUUGAAAGCCGAAGACGAGGACGGACAUAAACUGACCAGGUUGGAAAUCAGGAAUGAAGUGGACACAUUCUUAUUCGAAGGUCACGACACAACCGCAAGUGCGAUAUCGUGGAUUCUGUAUUCCCUUGCCGAAACUCCCGACUGUCAACGGAAAUGUCAAACGGAAAUUGACGAAAUCCUCGGCGAUAGAGACUCGGACGAUUUGGAAUGGUCAGACCUGUCUAAACUGGAAUAUUUAACAAUGUGCAUAAAAGAAGGCAUGCGCCUGCAUACUCCGGUACCUAUAAUGAGCCGUGACACUGCUGAAGAGUUUAACAUCGGCGACCGUGUUGUUCCAAAAGGGACACUUUUGCAGAUAAACGUAUUGGCUAUGAAUCACAUGGAGAAUGUAUGGGGCACAGACCACAUGGAGUUUAAACCAGAACGUUUCUCCAAAGAAAACAUCGACCAGAUUGAGCCUUUUCAGUAUAUUCCGUUUUCAGCAGGUUCAAGGAACUGUAUUGGUCAAAACUUCGCAAUGAACGAAGAAAAGGUUGUUUUAUCCAAGUUGUUAAGAAACUUCAACUUUAGACUAGACCCAAACCAUGAAGUUAAGAAGAACAUGUCGGCUGUGAUGAGGACGAAGGACGGAAUGUUUAUGUUUGCUGAAAAACGUUAAUUGUGAAUGUGACACUUCGUACCGUAACUUGACUAUCAGUAUUGUUAAUUCAAUAAUUUAGCAUUAUUACCAAAACUUUUUAAUAUAUGGACAUUUGAAGAAAAUAUAUUAUUUACAAUGAAUUUGUAUUAUAAAUAUACAUGUAUAGACAAGAAUACUAUUUUUCUUUCAUGAAAUCCCAAUUAGUAUCACAGUGUUUAUGUAUGUUCUUUUAAAGUCAGUGCCAGAUAUGGUUUUAAUAAAAUUUGGUGUUAA